UUUCAUGAUGUUUUAUCAUGUAGCUCUAUUACUUUUGAAAAACUUUCAUUUAAAAACUAUUCUUUAACUAUCUUUUAAAUAUAUUUCAGACGAACAAAUCGAUGGUGAAACACUGUUUUAUAUGAACAACUUCGACCUUCUGAAACCAUUUAAAUUGUCGUACAAGAAUCAGUUACUGUUUUUAAAAGAACGAGAAAAAUUAUUUUUGACAAAGACUAUAAAAGAAAGUCCAACAUCAUCAUCGACAACACAUGAAACAACAGCAAACGUUAUCAAUGAUAUUGUACAAGAAACAAGUGAAAAUAAUGAUGUCGUUCAGUUGUCAGCAGAUUUAACAGCUGUUACACCACCAAUCUCAACAAAUUCUUCAAUAUCUGUAAAAUUAUUACCAGAUCCAUAUGUAGUACCUGAUUUACCUGAUCGAGUCAAACAUGCAAUUAAUAACAAGGAAAUGGAAAAUUUUGAAAAAUUAUGCAAUUUCAGUUCUAUUGUGAUCGAUGCAAUAUUUUACGAGUUAAAAACAAAUUAUAAUUUGAUUUAUCCAACAAAAACACAAUAUAGCACUAUUGUUAAUGGUCUAUUAAAUCAUUUAGGUGUGGAACAUGAUACAAAAAAAAUGAAUUCUUGGCGUGAAUCAUUAAUUUCCAAAUUUAAACGAGAACGACAAAAUUUGGAAGAAAAUUGA